AUGGCCUUACGUAUUGCCAUAGCAAUGCGCGUGGUUGCGAGCGGACGACAUGAUGAGACGGCCCCAUUGUUACAAAGAGUUGGUGACUUUCUCGUGCGACAAGCAGUACGGGCGGAGAGCAGAUCGACGGUCACAAAAAGUACUGGUGGAGUCGUAUUAACGACGAAGACCGAUGAAGAAAUAGCGGCCGAGAAAAGACGUGCUGAAGAGGAGAUGCGUCACGUGUAUAUCAAAUACAGCAGAAGAGCAAAGCUCUACUAUGUUCGACUCUAUGGUUUUAAGUUGGUGUCUGGUUAG